GAGAGAGAGAGAGGGAGACCGAGAGAUAGAAGUUUUCGCAAAACCAUUCGCUCCUCUGGUUUGCGAUUUUUUCCAAGGGAAGGGAAAAUCUACUCUUCGGUUAAAUUACUCACUUUGGCAGCUCCAGCAGUGAACAGAUGUCUGACUCAGUGGAAUACCGUUGUUUUAUUGGGGGCCUUUCAUGGUCAACAUCUGACAGAGGUCUUAAAAAUGCAUUUGAGAAGUUUGGCAAUCUUAUUGAAGCAAAGGUAGUUCUGGAUAGGUUUUCUGGUCGUUCUCGUGGAUUUGGGUUUGUCACCUUCGAUGACAAGAAAGCAAUGGAAGAGGCUAUUGAGGAAAUGAAUGGUAUGGAUCUAGAUGGGAGGGCUAUUACUGUUGACAAAGCUCAGCCUCAUCAAGGCUCUGGUAGAGACCGUGAUGGGGACCGUGACUAUGACCGUGACCGUGAUCGUGGUCGAGACCGUGGGCGAGAUCGUGACUAUGGUGGUGGACGGGGAUCCAGCUCUGGGGACUGCUUUAAAUGUGGCAAGCCUGGUCAUUUUGCUAGGGAGUGUCCAUCUGGUGAUGGGGCCAGAGGGAGCAAAUAUGGUGGAAGAGAUGACAGACAUGGUGGUGGUGGUGGUGGUGGUGGCGGCAGUCGCUAUGGUCCUGAUCGUAAUGGUGAUCGUUAUAGUGGACGCAACAGGGAUGGUGGCAGUCGUGGUGGUUCGGGAAGUGACCGAUAUAGUCGUGAUCGUUCUGGCCCGUAUGAGCGUCCAGGAGGUUUUCGGUCUUGAGCAACAAGGAAAUUGUCCUUUUUUGAGCUGAGGAGCCUGUGGAACUGCUGCAAAAGGUUGAAAUUAUACAUUCUUGAAGGCCACGACAGGAUGUAUUUUCUUCAUGUAUCUGCUCAGACAAUCUAGCUAAUCUCACUUUUGCAGUCUGAAACUUUGCAGGAAUGUGUGGUUCAACUGUUUUGAGCUCUGUCAGAUGCUCAGUACAAUGUUUUGGUCCGAUGGGGUCUUAUGCUUGCUUGACAUAUCGAAUUUGGUCUUAUAGUCUUUGAAUGCCAUUAUUGCUGCUGGAUUCUGGAUGGUUUACGUGCAUAGUUUAUUGCAAUUCUGGAUUCUCAGUC